AAGGGCCUCCGUACUCGUGCGAGAUAUAGGGCCGCGUUUGGGGCUAUUCUCCUCACUGUAUCACAAAAGAGGGGUUUUCGUCUUCAAUUUGAUAGCGUGAGAGCUAAGACCACAUUUCACGACUUCUCUCUCUGUCUCUGAGUCUAUGUAGGUACCUCGCUUCACUUCUCGGAGUGUCCGACCCUCACUUCAGAUGAGAUGGCCUCUUCGCAUAAUGUUGAAUUGGAGGCUGCAAAAUUUCUGCAUAAACUCAUUCAAGAUUCUAAAGAUGAGCCAGCCAAGCUGGCUACUAAACUCUAUGUGAUACUACAACACAUGAAAUCAAGCGGGAAGGAGCAUUCAAUGCCAUAUCAAGUGAUAUCAAGGGCAAUGGAAACUGUCAUCAACCAAAAUGGUCUUGAUAUUGAAGCAUUGAAGUCAUCACGUCUUCCUUUGACUGGUGGUCCUCAGAUAGGAUCUUCUUCACAGUCGAACAUUACCAAAGAUUCCCGAGUGGGCUUGGCUGAAAAUGAUGUGUCCAAAAUGGACCCUUUUGCUUCUGGCCGGCCACCGGUUGCCCCAAGUGGUGGAGCACCUGAUUAUUAUCAAGGAUCUGUGGCUCAGAGGAGUAGUCAGUCUUUUGAUCAAGGAAGUCCAUCUAGUUUGGAUUCUAGGUCUGCUAACUCUCAAUCACAAGACAGACGUGAUACUUCCAAUUGGGACAAACAGGUGAAUCAAAAGGAUGGUAAGAAAGCUACGGCAAAGAGAAAGAGGGGAGAUACAUCAUCACCUGUGGAACUGCAUGUUGACAGUCCUUCUCAGCUGGAUCCUCGCAAUACUGGUGUUAAUACAAGGAAGGGGAAAAUGAACAAGGCUGAAUCAUCAGAUGGUCUUCCAGUUAAAAGUAGUGAACUAGCCAACUUUAACAUGGCUCCAAACAGUGGUCAAAUGGAGAAUGUUUCGACUUUGCCUGGUAGCAUGAGAACAAUGCUUAGAGCAAACCAAGAAGGUCAUCAUUUAUUGGCAAAGCAAACUGAUUUGACAAAGAUUGGCAAUCCAAUGGCGCGAGCACCAAAUUCAAAGUAUGCAGAAGACACAGAAGUUUCCUCUGCACAUAUUGCUUCAGGGAAGCAGCAAGGUGCUUAUGCAAAGAUUCAUGGAGGGAUGGCGAUUCCAGCUGGUGCUUCUUCAAUGGCCGAAGCUUUCUCAAAUUCAAUGCAAUAUGGGGGUGCAGUUGAGCGUGAUGGGGGAAGUUCUACUACUUUAGCUGAUGGACAUAAAAUUGCUCAGAUUGGCAGGCAAAAUAGUGGCUCGGAAAUGACUAUGCUGAGACAAGGUGUUCCUCCUAGAGACACAGGAAAAUCCACUGUUCCUGCCAUGGCUACAUCAUCUGCCAUGCCUUUUAAGGAACAACAGUUAAAACAGCUUCGAGCUCAGUGUCUUGUUUUUCUAGCAUUUAGAAAUGGUUUAGCACCAAAGAAACUACAUCUUGAAAUUGCACUUGGAACAGCCUUUUCUAGAGAAGAUGGUUCUCGCAAAGAUCUAAUUGACCACAAAGGAAAAUCACAAUCUUUUAGUGAACCAGGUAAUGCAUCUGGGAUCAUGAUGCCAUUUGGAAGUCCGAGCAAUGUGAGACAGCCGGAUAAAAACCCAUCAGGUUCCUCUUCAGCCGGAAAAAUUGUCGAGGCUGACUCUUUGUCAAAGGGAACUGAGAGCCCAAGAACAUUGGAGGACAAAGGUAACCUACAUUCCACAAAAAGAGAGGUUGAAAGGCGAAUUCAAGAAAGAGUGACUGCACAAGCUUCCUCAGCCACUUCUUGUCAGCAGCAAGAUUCUUCAAGUACAAGGGGUGCUGUAGUUGGUAAUAAUCAUUUGGAUGAUGUUGACACCAGUAAUAUGCAGGUCGGAAGAUCUAACCAAUCCUCUGUUGUUGGCCCAAAUAGUUGGGCUGGUUUUGCUGGUGCUAAUGAGGCUUCAAAGGGGCCUUCUCAGAUCUCUACUAUUCAACAUGAGUUAUCUUUGGAAAGAAGAGAGAAUAUUCCUAGUCAGUUUCAAAAUGUUGGUAACAAUGGUGGUUCACGGAAUCACAAUUCUGUUAACCAGUUGUCUUCUUUUUCUUUAAAAGAGCAAUGGAAACCUGUUCCAGGGACGGAUAGUGAUCCUCAUGGAGCAACCAUGAUGAAGGAUGGAAAUGUGAUGAUAAAACACGCUUCUACAGAUGGAUUCAAAACUGUUCCAGUUGAUAAUGCAUCAAAGCUUGGCAUGGCUUUUGCAGAGCAAGAUGGGAAUGACAGGUUGGUAUCUGCCGAUUUGCCACCUUCUCCAAAAUAUACAAUGUCGGAGAAAUGGAUCAUGGAUCAGCAGAAAAAGAGGCUUCUAGUUGAGCAAAAUUGGGUGCAAAAACAGCAGAAAACAAAGCAAAGAAUGGCUACAAGUUUUCACAAGUUAAAGGAAAAUGUGAGCUCCUCUGAUGAUAUUUCUGCUAAAACCAAAAGUGUCAUAGAGUUGAAAAAGCUUCAAUUAUUAGAGCUCCAACGUCGUCUCCGGAGUGAUUUUCUGAAUGAUUUUUUCAAACCAAUCACAACUGAUAUGGAACAUUUAAAAUCAAUCAAGAAACAUAGGCAUGGUAGGAGGGUCAAACAACUUGAAAGGUUUGAGCAGAAAAUGAAGGAAGAGCGUCAGAAAAGGAUUCGUGAGAGGCAGAAGGAGUUUUUCAGUGAGAUAGAGGUUCACAAGGAAAAACUUGAUGAUGUAUUCAAAAUCAAGAGGGAACGGUGGAAGGGUUUCAAUAGAUAUGUAAAGGAGUUCCAUAAAAGAAAAGAACGUAUUCAUCGUGAGAAGAUUGAUAGAAUCCAGCGGGAAAAAAUUAAUUUACUGAAAAUAAAUGAUGUGGAGGGCUAUCUUCGAAUGGUGCAGGAUGCAAAGUCAGAUCGUGUGAAGCAACUGCUUAAAGAGACCGAGAAGUAUCUUCAAAAGCUUGGGUCCAAGCUACAGGAAGCAAAAGCUGCAGCAGGACGUUUUGGGCAGGAUGUUGAUGACACAGGGAGUGUCAAUUUUCUUGAGAAUAGUGAAACAGAAAAUGAUGAUGAAAGUGAUCAGGCCAAGCAUUAUAUGGAAAGCAAUGAGAAGUACUAUAAGAUGGCUCACAGUAUAAAAGAGAGCAUUGCAGAGCAGCCAUCUAGUUUGCAAGGCGGGAAAUUGAGGGAGUAUCAAAUGAAUGGCUUGAGGUGGCUUGUUUCCCUAUACAACAAUCAUUUAAAUGGAAUUCUUGCUGAUGAAAUGGGACUGGGUAAAACAGUACAGGUUAUUUCUUUAAUUUGCUAUCUGAUGGAAACAAAAAAUGAUAGAGGACCAUUUCUUGUGGUCGUGCCCUCUUCAGUUCUACCUGGUUGGGACUCGGAAAUAAACUUCUGGGCUCCAGGAGUUCAUAAAAUUGUCUAUGCUGGUCCGCCAGAGGAGAGACGUCGAUUAUUCAAGGAAAAGAUUGUUCAUCAGAAAUUCAAUGUUCUUUUGACUACGUAUGAAUAUUUGAUGAAUAAACAUGAUAGGCCAAAGCUGAGCAAAAUACAUUGGCAUUAUAUAAUUAUUGAUGAAGGCCACCGCAUAAAGAAUGCUUCUUGCAAGUUGAAUGCUGACUUGAAACACUAUCAGAGCUCUCACAGAUUGCUGUUAACUGGAACACCGUUGCAGAACAAUCUUGAAGAACUGUGGGCACUACUUAAUUUCUUGUUACCAAACAUAUUCAAUUCAUCAGAGGACUUCUCUCAAUGGUUUAACAAACCAUUUGAGAGUGCGGGUGAUAGCUCACCUGAUGAAGCUUUAUUGUCUGAGGAGGAGAAUCUCUUGAUCAUAAAUCGUCUGCACCAAGUUUUGAGACCAUUUGUACUUAGGAGACUGAAACACAAGGUUGAAAAUGAGCUGCCUGAGAAGAUUGAGAGAUUAAUUAGAUGUGAGGCUUCUUCAUAUCAAAAACUUCUGAUGAAGAGGGUGGAAGAAAAUCUUGGUUCUAUUGGUAGUUCAAAGGCUCGAUCAGUACACAACUCUGUCAUGGAGCUUCGUAAUAUAUGCAAUCAUCCAUAUCUCAGUCAGCUUCAUGCAGAGGAGGUGGAUAAUUUCAUACCUAAACAUUAUCUGCCACCAAUUAUUAGACUUUGUGGGAAGCUUGAGAUGUUGGACCGUUUAUUACCAAAAUUGAAGGCGACAGAUCAUCGGGUUCUUUUCUUUUCGACUAUGACUAGGCUUCUGGAUGUCAUGGAGGAAUACUUGGCCUUAAAACAAUAUCGGUACCUCCGGUUGGAUGGGCAUACAUCAGGAGGUGACCGUGGUGCUCUGAUUGAUCUAUUUAACCGAACCGAUUCCCCAUAUUUUAUUUUCUUGCUCAGCAUUCGAGCUGGUGGUGUUGGAGUGAAUCUUCAAGCUGCUGACACAGUGAUCUUAUUUGACACUGACUGGAAUCCACAGGUUGAUCUGCAAGCUCAAGCAAGGGCUCAUAGAAUUGGUCAAAAGAGGGAUGUUCUUGUUCUUCGUUUUGAAACAGUUCAAACUGUGGAAGAACAAGUCAGGGCUUCAGCUGAGCACAAACUUGGUGUUGCUAAUCAGAGCAUUACUGCUGGUUUUUUUGACAAUAAUACAAGUGCUGAAGAUCGGAGAGAAUACUUAGAAGCACUCCUGCGGGAGUGUAAGAAAGAAGAAGCUGCACCCGUUUUGGAUGAUGAUGCUCUAAAUGAUCUUUUAGCCCGCAGUGAAACAGAGUUAGAUAUAUUUGAGGCUGUUGACAAAAAAAGGAAGGAAGAUGAGCUGGCUACAUGGAAGAAAUUGGUGCUUGGACAGGCAACCGAUGGCUCUGAUCUUGUACCUCCACUUCCUGCUCGUCUGGUCACUGAUGAAGACCUGAAACAGUUCUAUGAAGCAAUGAAGAUAUCUGAUGUGCCUAAGGGUGGGGUAGAAUCUACUGGAGUAAAGCGAAAGAGCGGAUAUCUUGGGGGCCUUGAUACACAACACUAUGGCAGGGGAAAGCGUGCUAGAGAGGUACGCUCCUAUGAAGAGCAAUGGACAGAGGAGGAGUUUGAGAAGAUGUGUCAGGUUGAAACUCCAGAUUCACCCAAAGUAAAAGAAGUAGCAGAGAUGAGUUAUCCAACAAAUACUUCCAGCUCUGUUGUAUCUACUUCCAACUCACAACCUGUGGCCGUGCUACCAGUUGUCCCAACAUUGCCAUCUGUGGAGAGUUUGCCAGUACAGCAAGUUAAAGAGAUAACCCCACCUGCCAAACGCGGCCGUGGAAGACCUAAAAGAAUAACUUCGGAUAAGUCACCAUCUGUGAUGGCCCCUCCAGUAGCUUCUGGAACUGUUGAGAUAGACACACAGAAAGGAGUUGGGUCUAGACAUUUAGCAUCAUCAACUCCUGAUUCUGUUGCUCAUUCUGCUGAAGUUAUAGGUGUGAAUGCACCCAUGCCCCAGCCUGAUGCAGGAGUUGCUCCUAACGCACAGCCUGCCAUUCCUACACCUACUAUUCCACCAAGUUCUCAGGUAGCUGCUGUUCCUGUUUCUGUGCCUAAUCAAACAAGAGGACAAGGGCGGAAAAGUCAUGGUGGUGAAGGGAUUAGACGUAGAGGGAAGAAGCAGGCGAUUAUUUCACCUCCUAUCCCUGGUGGUUCAGUUGGUCCUGAUAUAAAGGUGAAUGAGCAAUUGGAAGAAAAAUUGGUUAGUCCUUCUUCAGAUCAAGUCAUAUCACAGAGUGAAACUGUUCCCAGCCUUGCUGCAGUACCCCAUCUACCUUCUGUUUCUUUGAACAGUGGAAAGGAUCCUUUGGGUGUUGGUAUUGUUUUGAAUUCUCCGGCACCCCCUUCUCUACCUUCUAUUACAACCACGGUUCAAACUGCGCCAACUUAUCCGCCCAUACAAAUGCAAAGUAAAGGACAAAAUCAAAAGUCACAAACCGGGGUUUCCCGACGUAGGGGAAAGAAACAGGCAACAAUAUUAGCUCCGGUUCCAGAUGUUUUACAUCAGGAUUUACAUCAAACUGCUUUACCAAUUUCAUCAGGCAGUAUGUCAGGUGAAAAAGCUGCUGAUUUAAAAAGCUUGCAAGAGAACACUGUUCAAGAACCAAAGUGUGCUGUUCAGGAUCAAGCAUUGCAGAGCCUAGGUGAUCAGGAUGUAAAGUCGUUGGGAGGAUCAGAUGAUUCAGCCAAGCAGACGGUGAUCAUGUCUUCAUGUCAAGAUAGUAUAAUCAAAUCUCCAGGGCAAGAUGUUGAGAAGGUCAAGAGUCCUGAUGUUCAUGAUUCUUCCGUCAAGGUUGUUAAAUCUUCUGAAACUACCUCAUCAAAGACUGAUGAAGUUUGCAAUAACUCAGGGAAUGAAACUUUAUUUGUCACAACAUUGCCUGUUACUGAGGUAACAAAGGAUCAACAUUUGGGUGGUACAACUCACAAUCAAACUGUUGAAACUUCAAAAACUGUUGAAACUUCAAAAACCAUCCCGUCAGUUGUUGAUACUCCAACUAUGCCCUUGACUGGUAGUGAAACCACAGAAAGCAUCAUCAAAUCUUUAGAUCCUGUGACUCCAAAGAUUGUUCCCAGUACAUCAAAUACUGUUUAUCCUUCCACGACAGGCUCUGAAUCUACUCAUCCAGGCUCUAUUGAAUCCUUGCCUGCCAGAAGGCAAGGUCGUAAAACCCAAAAUAGAGCGGAGCCACCACGGCGUAGGGGUAAAAAAUCAGCUUCAGCGUUACCUGUUGUUCCUGAUGCUGUUACUGGUCAGGAUCCUAAGUUAAGUCAUCAUGCACCGAAUUCUUCUGGGGAUUCAUUGCUGGGUAAAGCCACUGCCAAUGUUACUCAAACCCAAGCAUUUGAAAUCCUUUUACCCAGUGGAGCAGUUAGUCAUGAUUCAAAAAGAAAAGAGAGAGCAACCAAUUCUGGCCAAAAUAAGCAACAGAAAGUUUCAUCAACAAGGAUUGAUGGUGCACCAAUAUCCACGGAUAAGAUUGCUGCUUUUGGACGAAUUCAUAAUGUCAAUGAUGUUGCACGAGUAAUGAAAGAAGUUUUCUCUGGAACUUGCUUACCAAAGCCUAAAGCUCAUGAUUCUUCUGGGAGUGAAGAUAGGAUUACACCUGUUGUACAUGUAACAACUAAAGCUGCAGUGGAUGCCUCCAAUAGCCAAAGUAUGGAGGAUGUAGCUCGUUCUGAUACAGCAACUGCUGAUGCAGCAUGCCUUACUACAAAUGUUGCUGUGAAUGUUCAUGAGAAACAAUCAGAAGUGGCAUCCGAUAUUCAGAAUUUAGAGGGUAAAGCAAGUUUAGAUAUACCAACUAUUGGAGAACAUAGCCUGACAUCAGAUGUUAAAGAAAAGGCUGAACAGACACAACAUUGUGUUGAAAGCUCAACCACAGAGUGUAAAAUAGCUCUUGAGACAACUCUUAAUGCUGCCCAGAAGACUGAUAGUUCUUCUGAGAGACUUCCUACCAGUUGUGCCCCCAAUGAUUUAAAUAUAGAUACUUCUAGCCAUCAGAUGGGUUCAUCUUCCGGUGCUGAACCUCUUGCAGUAAUCGAUCAUAAACUAAGGAACCAAUCUGACUCUUCAGAGAAGUGUUCAAGAUCUUCUCCACUUGAUAUUGGUGGUACAGGAAUCCCUCCGACUCCAUUGGAACCAGAAACUUUAAGUAAUAAUCCUGUAUCUAUUGGGGCUGAUACUUGCACUGAGAGCCAUUCAUCCACAAACAAACCUCCUGAUAUCACGGAACACAUUUGUAAUGAAAAGUUGGAGCCUUCAGAACUAUUUUUGAAAUCUUCGUCCCUUGCUGGUGAUGACAACUCUGGGUUAUUGGCUCAGGCUGAAAAUUUGAGUGAUCAACCACAACCUGCAACAGAUCCUCAACCAAGGACAAUGGUAGUUUCUAGUAUUUUGGAACAUACUGAAAUAAAAAACGAACCAGAAUCUGCUUUAAAAGCAUCUGCUGAACUCUCUGUUGAUGAGGAGAUCGUUGAUAAAAUUCCUGCUUCUCAGUUGGUGGAGCCUGGGAAUCAGAGUACAUUGGGACAUAAUUCUCAAAAGGUAUUAGAACCCUCCGUGAAACAGUGUUCAGAAUCAGCUUCUGAAAAGGAAGGUCUUGUGGGUCCUAAAGCUGUUGAAGUUCAGAAGCAUCCAGAGUCGCUAGAAUCCGGUGAAUUGCACAGUACUCCAUUGAUUGAGAGCUGCUCAAAUCCUCUUCAUGAGGAAAAAAGGGAUGACGGGAAUUCCAAUUGUGAACAUCUUCAGUCUUGUGUUGUUAAACCUGAAAAUAUUGACCCCGUUUCUCAAGAAAAUAUAGUAGUACCUAAUCCGAUUGGCAAUCCAAAGACUGAUGUAGUAGGUAUUUCUGGUGUUGGCAGUCCUGUUGAGGGAACUGUGUCUGAAGCUGCAGUUCUGCUCCCUUUGACCUUGGUAGAAGACCAAAAUAGGGGCUCAGCUGUAACAAGUCUAGUCAGGAGUUCAGAACCUUUGGAAGAAACAAUAGAGAAGACUGUGGCUAACAACUCUGGAGUCCAGGAGGAAGCUAAUGUUGAUAAAGUGGAAACUGGUGUUCAAAUGGAUUCAUCCACUAGUCAGAUUUUACAUCUAAAACACGAUGUAUUUCAAGAAAAUGUGAAUUUUCCCUCCCAUCUGAUGACAAAGGAAGAAAACAUAGAAGGCUCAUCCACAAGGCGCCUAUCUAUCAGCUCAUCUCCAUCACAUGAAUCGAAGGAUUCUAAGAUUGAACUAGGUGAUAAAUAUAUGUCGCAGGUUGGUGAUUCUCAGACUGGAUCUGAAGAUAAUACAUUGAAGAGCUUGGAUUUAGUUUCAUCUCCUUCAUUGUCCCAAGUGAAAGAGGAAGAAAAGAUUGGGGUAUCAUCUGACAAGUGUCUAUCUGAAAGGGAUAUGGAAGGAUCUGAUGUUUUGCCGGAAAAUCCAGUGGUGGAAAUCAAUAAAAUGUCAUCAGAUUCCCCAAUGACUGUUAGCCCCUCUGGGGAGGGUCAAUUGUUGUUGGUAAAAGGAGAAAAUCCCGAAAUUAAAAUUAGUGAUCAAAAGGAUGCUUCUCUGGUUUCUGAGAAUGAUUCAGAAAGGCUUACUUCCAAAAGCAUGGGUGUACCUUCUUGCUCGCAGAUGGAGGGAGAUAAUGUUGAUAAGAUAUCUGACAAGGGUCCUCUCAGCAGUUCCUUUGCUCCAAGUGAACAAGGAGAUCUUUUGAUCAAGAAUAGUAGGGAUGACAUUGAGGAUUCUGUUACAAAUCCAUUACCACAACAGAAAUCAGAAUGUUCUGAGGAUGAGAAGGGUUAUGAAAUGAAGACAUCUGAUGUUGGCAGGGUUGAUCCAGGACUGACGUCCACAAAAACAGAUUUGCCUUCUCCCUUGGUGAUGGAGCAAGAUAAAGCUGAUGUACAUGAUAGCCCACUUGCUACUGCAGAGCCAAAACAUUCUUUGACUGGAGAGUAUUGUGAAGAUGCUAAUAAGGAAUCAAAUGCUUCAGAAGCUGAGAUUGGUAAUCUAAUGGAUUCAUCUGAUGUAGCUGGAGUUAAUGCACAACGACUUUCAUCAAGUAACAUUGUUGUGCCAUCAUCCUCCUUGGCGAUUGAGGACAAUCAGAUUGUGUUGUCAUCUGACAAGGGUGCACUCAAGGAAUCAAAAGAUUGUUUGACUGAAGAGGGGAGCUAUAAAGAUGCCACUGAGGUUCCCUCUACAAAUCCAGUACUGCUGCAGGAAUUAAUUAAUUCUGAUGCUGAGAUGUGUAAUCAAGGCAAGACACAGGUUGAUGGGACAUCCGUGAAUGAUGUCACAACAUCAGAGGGGAAAAAAGAGGUGGAGACAUUGUCUGAUGAGGAUCAACAAGGAAUCUUGGAAGCCCAGGAUGGAUCGAGAGGAUUGGUGGAUAUUGAAGAUACGGCAGGAGAUGGUGAAAGCUGUGCUGCUGAGAUGUCAAAUGUAUCUGAAGUCCCAGAAGCCCAGGAUGGAUCAAGAGACAUUGAGGAUACGGCAGGAGAUGGUCAAAACUAUACUGCUGAGGUGGCAAAUGUAUCUGAAGUCCAAAAUACUUCAGUAUCCCUUGAAAAGGUGAAAGGCUUAUCUAAAGAAGGUACAGUUGGCAGCCAGGCAAGAAUACAUGUGUCAGAAGGAUCCGAAACUGUUACGGGUGAUGGAAUUGAUGCUACUCCAGAUUGUUUGGCUGUGCCAGAAACUGCAUCAGUUGGUGGGGCUUCAUCUCUGUGCUCUUCAGCAGCAGAGAGUGAACAUGUUGACAGAUUGCCUGAGAAGGAUUUAGUUGCCAACCCUGUACCAAAACUUGACACUAAAGAAUCUGAAGCUUGUGUUUCUAACCAGGAAAAUCAAGUAGUGCAAGUAAAUGCAUUAGAAGACAUGGGACACGAGGAGAACUUGUCGGAAAAGGAUUUAGUUGGAAACACGGUUGCAAAACUUGACACCAAAGAAUCUGAAGCUGGUGUUAGCAACCAGGAAAAUCAAGAAAAUGCAUCGGAAGUAGGCAACACCAUUGCAAAACUUGACACAAAAGAAUCUGAAGCUGGUGCUGAUAGCCAGGAAAAUCCAGAAAAUGCAUCGGAAGACACCAAAGAAUCUGAAGCAGGUGUUAGUAACCAGGAAAAUCCAGAAAAACCAUCAGAAGACACCAAAGAAUCUGAAGCUGGUGUUGGUAACCAGAAAAAUCCAGAAAAUCCAUCGGAAGACACCAAAAAAUCUGAAGCUGGUGUUAGUAACCAGGAAAAUGCAUUGGAAGACGUUGAAAAGUCCCCUCCUUCUGCAGCCGAGGGCUCCUCUUAGAAGGUUUCAAGUGCCUGCUUCGAAAUACGGCUGGAAUAAAAAGAUUAUGAAGUUGGGGAUGGAAGAAACAUUGUUCAAGAGUCAGAUUGUAAACGAAAAGGCACAUGAAAAGAGUUUGGAUGAGAAGAGUUCAGUGGAAGGAAAAAGCCCAAGAAUCUGAAACCAAGUAAUGAAUUCUGUCUUUGUAUAUAUUAUAUCAUAUAUCAUAUGUAGGGAAUUUUUGUAUAUAUAUGUUGUAAUGUUACCUUUAAAUUCUGGUGGUUAUUCUAUUACUUGAUCUUGGAAUAUGAUUACAGGGUCCAACACCCAAGUGUUAGUAUUUUUUGCCAUCGACAAUUUGUUAAAACAGUAACCCGCAUUACAUCUAUUUGAAUAGGACAUUUCAAUGUUGAUCAUCAAACAAA